GCUCUCCUCCCCUUCCUCUCCCGCCCGGAACCAGGCACUGCCCCCGCUCCCUGCCGGUUCGGGGCCGCCUCCAGGCCGCGUGCUCCCGCUGUCGGCCGCCGCGUUCCUCCUGGCCAUGGAGUACCUGGCGGCCCCCGCGGCGCCCACGCAGGGCAAUAUCCUCUGCUGCCACUGCGGCGUGCCCAUCCCGCCCAACCCGGCCAACAUGUGCGUGGGCUGCCUGCGGGCGCGCGUGGACAUCACCGAGGGCAUCCCCAAGCAGCUCAGCGUCAGCUUCUGCAAGCAGUGCGAGAGGUAUCUUCAGCCUCCAGGAACUUGGAUUCAGUGUGCCUUAGAAUCAAGAGAGCUUCUUGCUUUGUGUCUUAAAAAAAUUAAAGCUUCACUUAGCAAGGUCCGGCUGAUCGAUGCAGGCUUUAUUUGGACCGAACCACACUCUAAGAGACUGAAGCUGAAACUGACUGUUCAGAAGGAGGUGAUAAACGGAGCAGUUCUUCAGCAAGUAUUUGUGGUGGAAUAUCUGAUUCAGUCUCAGAUGUGUGAAGACUGUCAUAGGAUUGAAGCUAAGGAUUUCUGGAAAGCUGUAGUUCAAGUCAGGCAAAAGACUCUACACAAAAAGACUUUCUACUAUUUGGAGCAGCUGAUUUUAAAACACAGGCUUCAUCAAAAUACACUUCGCAUCAAGGAAAUCCAUGAUGGCCUGGAUUUUUAUUAUGCUUCAAAGCAACACGCUCAGAAGAUGGUAGACUUUCUUCAGUGUACAGUUCCAUCUAGAUCAAAAUCAUCCCAGCGCUUGACCUCGCAUGAUGUUCAUAGUAACGUCUACAAUUACAAAAGCACUUUCUCCGUGGAAAUUGUUCCAAUAUGCAAGGACAAUGUUGUAUGUCUGUCACCAAAACUGGCACAGAGUCUUGGUAACAUGAGCCAGAUCUGCGUGUGCAUUAGAGUAACAAGUACGGUCCACCUCAUUGAUCCUAGCACUCUGCAGAUUGCUGAAAUUGAUGGGAAUACCUACUGGCGCCACCCUUUCAAUAGCUUGUUCAACCCAAAGCAGCUUGAGGAAUUUAUUGUUAUGGACAUCAAUCGAGUUCAAGAAAAGAAGAAACCUGCAGGUGCGGGGGCAAGAUCAAAUAAACACACGCUGGCUGAAGCCUGGGUAAAGAAAACCUCGGAGCUGAAUACAGAUCAUCAGUAUUUCUGCAGCACUCACUUGGGACACAUUCUAAAUCCCGGCGACCUUGUCUUGGGAUUUGACUUGGCCAACUGUAACUUGAAUGACGAGUUUGUGAAUAAGAUGAGCCCACACAAUAUCCCUGACGUGGUAUUGAUAAAGAAGAGCUGUGACCGUGCCAAACGCCAGCAUCGCAGAAACUGGAAACUGAAAGAGCUGGAAAGAGACAGAGAGGGCAUGGAUACAGAUGAUGAAAGACAAUACCAAGACUUCCUUGAAGAUCUCGAAGAAGAUGAAGCCAUAAGGAAAAACGUCAACAUUUACAGAAAUGUAGACGUUCCAGUGGAGAGUGACACGGAUGAUGAUGGAGCUCCUCGGAUCAGUCUGGCUGAAAUGCUGGAGGAUCUUCAUAUUUUCGAGGAUGCCACCGGUGGGGAAGGAGCGAAUAUGAUGACAGAAUAAAAGAUCAGCGAUUACAGAUAAGCUUCUGUGCAAACACUGGAAUAUAAGUUCCACGAGUUCUUCUCAUCUCUGUGAGUGUUUGUUUUCUCCUCGCAGCUGCUGCAGGGUGAAGACCAGGUGACUAACUUUGGUUUUAUCCACUGAGAAUAUUAAUUGUUCUGCACCUAAGACUGCUAAUAAAGAAAAAUGUCCAUAGGGAGAGAUUUUGUUCUAGUUUGCUAGACUUGUAGGUAGGGUACCUUCCCUACUGUUCAUUGUUUUCAUUUCUUUACCUGAAAUGCAUUUUUCCUGUCGUAAUCUUUUUGGCACAAUGGUUUGCUGAAGCAUUUUAUUAUGAUGGUAGAUUAUUCCACAUAACAAUAUUUUGGAGAGGUUUAAGAAUUUUCUGAUCCUGUCAGUAAGGGAAUUCCAAGUAUUUGUGUUUUGUACACAAAAACACUUCGUUGUAAAUUGAACGUGCAGCCCAGAAUCAGAAAGGCUGGAGAUUUCUUUUAAAUGGUCAUGAAUAUUGUAUGGUACUAUAUUCCAUGCCUACAUCAGUGGAUAAAAUGCAGUUUUCGUAAUCUCUGAUUAAUACACAAAGACCCUCUUGUCUCCAAGUCUGCCUGAGUUUUUGCAGGUAAUAAACUGGUUGGACAACAUGUGAACUCUUUUUGUGUCUUAGUCCCACUCCACGUAUAUAUCACAAAUCACUUCACCUCUGAUAAUCGGAGCAAGAUCUACACCCAGUAUGAACUAUGAAAGAACUGUACGAACGUUUUUGUUCCGUCAUUAUUUAUGUAAGUCCUAAAAUGAAAUUUAUCUCUGCUGUAAACCCAGAUAGAACGUGUUAUACUAGAACAUUACAUACUGAUUCUUCUGGUUUUAGUUCUGUUGACUGCACGGGUGCUGUGCCAUAGAAGGCAAGGGGGAAAAAAUGAAAAUGUGGAAAGUUAACUUCCAUGUAGCGAAAUUCUGAGCCUGCUGUGGGCGUUGUUAGCAGCUCAGCCAUCCCUUAGAACUGCCUUCUUUUAUUGUGUAGCUGGAUCACACUAAGCUCUUCUGCUUUCUCUCUGAGGAGCUUUGUCGUAAUUUUUACUAUGUAGAAGAACAGUUACGAGAAAUCCAUAAAGUUGCUGAGAAGUGAAGGUACAAUGUAUCUCAUGACAGUAGUUUAGUUCAGCAUAGGAAAAGUAUAAAACUUCUUUUUUUUAAUGUAAAUGAAAAUACAGCUGUAUGGCUAGCCUGAAUUAUCACUACAACAAGAAUGGUUUUGGUGUGGGGUUUUUUUUAACAUAUUUUACUUCUAUCUGCACCUGCCAGUAGUGUUGGGGAAAUGGAAAUAAACUCAACUCUAGUGACCCUUGGGCCAGAUCUGUGGAAAUGGAAGAACUCACAGCCAGUAUGUUCCACGACUGGAUGAGAUGUGUUUUGGGUUGUGAUUUUUCUGACAGAGGUAAAAAUGAUCAGUCCUUUCUCGCACAUGCUUUGAUAAUAAGCUGCCUGUUGGCAGAUGAAGUUGUAAUAAAAGCCUGUUUUAAACUGU